GUAGUACUAGUAGUAGUGUUACUAAGAAAGAAGUCAAAACUAAAGAAAAGGAGAAACCCAAGGAAGUAGAGGAAUUCACCCUCAGUGAUAGUGAUGACAAUGAAAAUGGCCAAGUAAAUGGAGAAAUUGCUGUGAGGCAGAGACAAGAGCUAGAUCCAGAAAAGAAAAAACUUAUAGAAAUGAGAAAUCAGAAACUGCAGCAGAUGGACAGAAUAAAAGAGCCUAAAUUUGGACCUGCCACCAAAAGAUUGCUUAGCAGUCCAAAGAAGGUCUCUCCAAACUUGCCUGGCACUGGGAAAGCUGUGUAUAAUCCCAGGCCCUGGGCAAUGACAAAAGCUGCUAGUGUUGGGGACAUAGGUUCUAGUCAGGAGUCUCAGAGUUCAAGGGGAGCCUCCUCCUCUGCUGCCUUCACCCCAGACUUUGAUGAAGAUUUGAAGCCUCCCCCCAAGCUGCACAGGACCACCUCCCUGCCCAAGAAGUUGUCAGAGCCACAGGCCGUGACCUCUCUCAAGGUGCAGAGAGAAUACAAACAGCUGUUCACAGUGGUACGCAACGUUAAGGAGGCCCACGAGUGCCAGGAGCAUGGAGAAACUCAGGAGUUCUUUGAUGACAUUGAGUACCUCCUGGAUGGACUCAGAGAUGUACAGAGCCCCAGUACACGGUGUCUAAGUUGUAUGGGGCUAGCCACCAAGAGUGCAAUGGCAGCUUUCAGGAUGCAUCUCCGUGCACACGGCGUUGUCACGAGGAUAUUCACAGCUCUUCAUGAUGCUUGCUCACAUCCCAGUUUGGCUCUGGCCACAGCCACUGUGAUGCACAUGUUGAGUCGUGACAGGUUAAAUAUGGACCUGGACAAGGAGUCGCUAGAACUGAUGGUGAAACUGCUCAGCGUUGACGCCCAGUACACCUCAGAGAAUGUCAGCACAGACAGGGAGUACCAGAAAACACGGGAGAAGGUUACAGAGCUGCUGACACAGAUCAAGAAAGAGGGAGGGGCAAAGCAUCUGGAUUUGACUGACAUAUCUACUGGCAAGUUGGCCAUGGAAUCCAUGCUGAGUCUGACCUCAAGGAAAGCUGGAGAGUGGUUUAAGGAGGAACUCAGAGCCCUGGGAGGACUGGACUACUUUGUGCAAUCAGUUGCUGACUGUGUGGAUUAUUUCAUCAUGGAGGAUGAAGAAUUAUCAGAGUCCCAUGUUGACAAACUUAGGACAAUAGACCGCUGUCUGAGGGUCCUAGAAAAUGUGACUUUCAUGAACACUGAAAAUCAGACAUAUCUAAUUGGCUGCAAGAAUUCUACCUUAAUCACAGCUCUCUGCAGGGGUUUAAAGGUGUGUGAAGGAGCCAUGAGUCAGUACACCCUGAGUGACACAGAUAGUAAGACAGUGGACAAGAACAGCACAGGAUACAUUAUCUUCCAUACCCUGCUCUCAAUACUCAGGGUGCUUCUGAAUAUAACACAUGAUAAUGAGUUUGGCAGUACCAAGGUUGGUUCUCAGCAUGGACUUCUGAGCACAGUACUGCUGUGUAUACUACAGAUACCCAAGUACGCACCCUCAGACCAGAAGUUUGAUCUCUUAGUCUUGGGUCUUGGACUUCUGAUUAACUUAGUUGAACACUGUGAUAUAAACAGAAGAUUGCUGAUGUCCACAGAGACAGUCAGUUCCUAUGAUUCCACAUCCCAAGCUGGCAGUCUGGAGGCUCCAGAGGCACUGGUACAGCUAUUCCUGCAGAGAGAUGAGGCUGCCAGGAAUGCUGAGGCACAGGACGAGGAGGAAGCAGAUACCUCGGCAGCGGAGGGCACCUCGCAGGAGACGGUGGACAAGAGCGGAGAGUGGAGAGAGUCGGAGUCUGGCAUAGAGUGGGUAGUACUGAAUGAAGAUGACCCCGCGGCCCUCAGUGACAGUGAUGACGAGAUGGAGGAGUUGCCCAGCUCACAGGACGAGAAUGACCCUUUGACCAAAGCAUUGCACAAGGCAGGAAAACACAUGGAAGACAGUAUAGUAGCAUCUUAUGUGUCCCUACUUAUUGGCUGUAUCAUACAAAAUAACAAGUCCUACGUGGAGCGCAUCCAAAGCUCACUGCCAGAGAACGGAUUUGACUCCAUGGUGAAACUGUUAUAUAAGUUCCUAGGAUUCAUGAACCUCACUGAAGCUGUUGGAAACAGCGGUGGUACCUCCAUAAAGAAA